AUGAAUAUAACGACGACAACAACACAAUAUAUUUCUUCAACUGAUUUGGAACAAAUCGUAAAUGUUAAAUUCGAUGCAACGUUUCUGCCUGUUGUGGCUACAAGUUUUAUUUUAUUUAUCAUUCUUUAUAAAUUUAUCAACCCAUUCUUAUCAAAUAUUCUAAUAGAAAAUUAUAAACAUUUAACCAUAGCACAAAAAAUUGAAUGGAGUACAAGAAUUAAUUCAUCAAUUAAUUCAUUUACUGUUGGUAUUAUUUGUGUAUAUAUGAUGAUUGUUGAUCGUGGACUUGAUGAAAAUCCUCUUGUAUAUAAAAGUUAUUUAUUAAAAACAAACUUAUCUUUUGUUAUUGGUUAUUUAUUAAGUGACUCUGUAAUUGUUAUUAUACAUUACAAAAAAAUUGGUGAUUUAUUUACUAUGUCCCAUCAUCUUGUUUCUAUGUAUGCUUUUAUCUAUGUUUUAACACUUAAUGUAAUGCCAUAUUUUGCUAAUUUUCGAUUACUUGCUGAAUUAUCAACACCAUUAGUAAAUAUCAGAUGGUUUCUUGAUACAUUAAAAUUUCCUAAAACAUCCAAAGCAUUCGUACUUAAUGGUGUUUUAAUGACAUUAAUUUUCUUUUUUGUUCGUAUUGUCGCAAUGCCUAUUUAUUGGUGGAAAGUUUAUACAGUUGCUAUUACACCAUUAUGGUCUCAUAUGGGUCAUUUUCGAUAUGUUCUUAUUAAUGUUUGUAUUGUACUUGAUAUAAUUAAUUUAUAUUGGUUUUCAAAAAUGGUUCAAGGUUGUUUACGAAUUCUUAAACCUGUUCAUCGAACAAAACAUGGUUAA